AUGGCCUUCCUUACUACCUUCUCGAGACUUUCUUCGUCUAUAGGCAGGAAGCUCCUCCUUUUUGGCCUACGACAUAUAGACAUAUUAGAUAAGGAUCCAGCGGACUUCGUCAAUGUCGACAUCGGUACGACGACGACCCUCGAGGUCCGCGACGUUGGGCUGCACGUAAAGAAACUCAUCGCCUUAUUACCAUUCAAUUUUCCGCCAGAACUGCAACUCUCACAUGCUCGCGCAUCACUGUUCCGUUGCACAUUCGUGCUGGAAUUGGGAGUUCCGCAGAUUCUAAUCGAGAUAGACGACGUGCACGUACAUGCUCGGCUGGUCGAGAACUCAGAGGAACCUGGCCCUUCCCCUAGACCGCAAUCACCUGCCUGCGCCCGGUCGUCGCCUCGCGACCCGAGCCACUCAUUCUCGAGCGAUGAUUCCUCUCAAGACCACGAUGAAAAUAUACCCACUAUCGAUCAUUUAGCACGAUCCUUCAUCAAGGAGGAGCCCGAGACAGAGCUGCGUGAACUGGAGGAGGCUAUUCAAUCCCAGUCACAAUCGUUGCAGGAGUCAGUUGCAUCAAGCACAGACAGUGAUGAAGGGGCCGGACUUGGGAAACCCUUGGGGCUUCCCACCUUUCUCCGGAGAUUACUCAAUACUGCGUUGGAUAGAUUACAGAUCACCGCAACUCAGAUUCACGUUGAAGUGGAGGAUCAGCUUUCACCAGGAUCUCCGGACACGGACCAAGAGGGCCAGGAGCCUUUUGUCUCCCUCAGCUUCCACUUAGACAGUAUCGCCGUGGACACGGUGACAUCUGAAGGGCCCCAGGUCCAUGCUUCUCCUCUUACAUUCCAAGCGACAGAAUCCACGGCAGCCAGACGCCGCCUGCGAAUACCAACAAUAUAUGCGCGCUUGGUUUCCGAGUCACAGAACUUUGAGACUCUGUCUCGUCUAUUGAGACCAUUGUCACCUACCGAUGAUGCUCAGUCUACUCGCUCCACUCGUUCCGCCGCGUCCUAUCGCCAAAGUACACGGCGCAAUUCCUCAGGUGGCCAAGUUGAUAAUAAUCCUGUGCCAGAUACUGCCGCCACCCGGUCCUCGUCUCCGGAAUCCGCUCGAGGAGAGGAUGCGGCACCGCCGAUGGCCACCAGUAAGGAGCAGAGAGAGCCCGAACCUGGUCCUCCUGAACCCAUCCCCGUUGAUAGGGGGUUUGAGCCCCUCAUGUCUUCUGCCAUUACUUGUGACGAUGAUCGAUUUGCGGAUGCGGCAUCUGACGACGAGAUGAGCCAGAGUAUAGCGGCUGACGUUCACAACAACGCCUCCUCGGACGCCAUGGAGCAGUCAGGAGUUAGCGGGAGUAGUAAUCUGUACAAUGAUGACGGCCGGCUUGACUAUUCUAUCGAGAAUGAUUUGUUGGCUAAUUCCGCCUUUGACCUUUUUGCAGCUGAGAAUGGUUCGAACAGUGAAGAAAUAUCAGGAGAGCGUUCAUCCUUCUUGACAGGCGAAGCUGGGAAGAUGCAAUUCAAUCUGCAGCCGGCUGCGUCAUAUCCCUUUUCCAAUCACCGUCAAGGAUCAAGAAACCCGUACGACGAGAAUCUCUCAAAAUCAGGACCGGUCGAGGGAUCCAAUACUCAGACGAACGAGCUUGAUGUUGGGACACAACAUCAAACCCCUGGCCAAUCUUCUGUGGAGGAACCUACGAUUUCGCUUCCGCAGGAAGAAGAUUUAACAGAAUCAAGACUCUUCACUCAUGAAGAUGCCGAGAGCAUGUACAUGAGUGCGAUGAGCGGCGCCACUUCCGUUUCUUUUGGCGGGGCUAUCCCAGGAGGAUGGGACUCCAACUCAGGCUCGAGCCGAGGCGGGAGUUCCGACAUGUCGGGCUCUGUUCCGGAGGCCAUGGUUUCUGGAAGUAUCCUUGGCCCUCUUCGCGAGACCGAUGAGGGAUGCGAGACCCCUCGCCCUGGAAGUCCCUCGAGCGUACGCUCCCUAUCGAACCGUCCGAAUAGCCGCUCUACGCAUGUGCACGGGAAAGCUAAACCAUCAGAGGAGUCAAACGAGGGUCAUAAGUUGGCUAAAGCUUUUUUAGCUAUGGAUGAUAUCAUUGUCCUAUUUCCCCUGCAGUUAGCAGAUGACGGCCCUUCUAGUCGGGAAACACAAGAGCAGGCACGGCAGCCUGAAUCGUCCCUCAGCCCUCCAAAUCUAGAACCAGAUUCAAUAUUUCAAGACAUGCCAGGAACGUUCUCACACUACGCGUUUCCGACAGGAUCACAUGGAAGCACGCCCUCUGACAAGGUAUUGGGGAAGAGGCCGAAGCAAGCCGUUCCGUCAGCUCCAACCAACGUAUCGCCUGAAAAGCAAUCAAAAGACUCUUCUGGACCGAUAUCUGUGGAAGUUGGGGUGGUAACAGGGCAUAUUGAUUUAUCAACGGGACGCAUCUUAUAUCGACUUUUAAACCGAGUCGUUGAUGCCAUCGGAGGGACUGAGGCUUCUGAAGACAAAGAAAGCGAGCUACAUGCACGGUCGACCAAUCCAGCUCACUUGGAGGUCACUGUAGGGAAGCUUGGGCUUGCUUGGUUCGAACAAUUGAGAACAGAGAUCAUGAACCGUACAGCCCGGCCGACCCCUCGCCCUCGGCUUGUAUGCGAACCGCAUGAUUCAAUCAUCAGAAUGAAUGCAACCGCUAUGAAGCUCUCCAGUCACACAAGCCUCGAAGGGCGGCGUUCCAAAAUCGAGAUCGGCCAAUUCGUUCUGGCAUCUCUUGAUCAAGAAAUUCUCUGUUUCGUAGCCCAGAAACCGCGGUCGAGGCGAUCCGGGGAAAGCUCCGCUGGUUCCUUGAAGAAUGACAUUGAAAUAGAUGUUGAGCAGGAUCCCACCUCAAGGAUAACAGUGGUUACCCGCCCAGUUAAACUCACCUGCAAUCUGCAACAUCUCGACGAAGCGUUGAGCUCGUAUGGUGGCUUCAGCGGAAUACUGGAGCUUGGGAACUCUAUCAGCUCCAAUCAAAUCGCCAAUAGUCCUCAGAUGCGCGCUACUGCUCGACAUAGCUCACCACCGCGGCCACGUGGCGUUCAUUUUGGUGACACGCCCCCACCGGCACCAGCGUUACCCACUGGAUCCUCCGGUAUGCCAAAGAUCGACAUCCAGUUGGGAGAGGUAUCUUCCGUGUUGAAAGGAAAGAGCUGCGCGGUGCAGUUACAGACAACUUCAGUUCGGGCUGCAGCGAGGCAGAGUAACGUUCGAGUGAAGGUGGCUGAAGUAAAAAUGUCCGGUCCCUAUGCGGACAUUGGAGAUGCCGUCGCCCCCCUCGAUCUAAAUAUCAAAGGCACCACUGUGAACUUCCUUUUCACACCCGAAGAAACGGACCUAUCGAGAUUGAUAUCAAUGAUCACACCAUCCAAAGAUCCUUACGAGAAUGAUGAAGACAUCCUGAUCGAUGUUCUCCUGCGCCAACGCCGAAAAGGGUCCGUCCUACGCAUAGAGUCGUCUAGCGUUGCGGUCAGAGUGCCUGAUCUCGGUGCGUUGCGAGCCCUGGAAGCUCUGGGGACGGAACUCGCGAAGUUCUCGAAGGUGACCAGAUAUUUGCCAGAUGAUGAUCGUCCCGGUAUCCUCACGAUGGCGAUAGUGCAGCACCUCGAAGGAAGAGUCAGUGUUAAUGACAGUAUUGGUGAGCUGUCGUUGUCACUGGACAAUACGUCCCUCGCUCAUGUAGGUUUUCCGGCUCUCCUCGCCACCGAGAUUGGAAAGGUCUCUGUUUGCCGAAACGACGAGUUAUUGUUGCAUGAGUUGGUCAAACUUCGCCAGCAGGACCAUCUACCCAUGAUCAUGGUGAGGAUAAUUGGUGAGGAAGUCGAGCCUCUCGUCAAGGCAAAGUUGUUCAACGUGUGCGCUGAGUACCAUGUGCCCACACUAAUGGCCGUCCUGGGCCUGCCAGAGGACGGAAAGCCGGACGAUGUUGCCUUGGCUCUUGCGUCGUCCAUCGCGACCAUCACGGGUGCUCAGAGUCCAAGAUCCCUGAGCAGGCAAGCGUCUGAAACGAGUUCGUCAUCUUCGGCCAGCUUGAACCCUCUUCAUGUCGAUCUGCUCCUCAGAGCCUGUGCUAUUGGACUUAAUCCCCGCGCCAUUCCCUCCAAAGGGCUGUUCGUUGUCACGGAUGCGCAUUUUCUGGGAAAGCAAUCAACGAAAGUUGGGUAUUCAAUCAAAGCGGACCUGCGCAAAGCCUCCAUACAUGUGAUCGACGAUGUUAAUCGAAUCGUGGAACGUGAGAUGUCUGCAGCUAGCGCAUCGGGAUAUUCCACAGGCCAGCGUCAGCUGUUUGAGCUCCGUGAGCAAGGUUAUGUUUCUCUGAGUUCCAUAUCGGAGGCAAAGGUGUCCGUACAGCUUACUGGAGCUGGCGUGAAACGGCAACAAGUCGUCGAAGUGGAGUUCAAAAAUGACCUCUUCGUCUUAGAAUCUUGCGCAGAUUCAACACAAACGCUCAUUGCGGUCUUGAAUGGAUUGCAACCUCCCCGGCCCCCUAACACAGAUCAGAAAUAUCGGACGGUUGUGCCACUGCAAAACAUGAUGGAAUCAUUUACUGGCAGUGCAAUGGCGGCUCCUCCGGACACCGAAGAUCACGAUUUCAUGGACCAGGCUGACCUAGUCGCGGAUGAGGUCCCUAGGAAUCUAGAGUUUGUGGGUAGCCUUUACAAUUCCGAGUCGCUUCCUACGGAAGAAGAUGUCGGCGACAACAUUCUCGACGAAGACAACCUUGGAGCUCUUGCCACCCCUCCGACUACGCGAAAGCAGGGAGAGCCUUCGCUUCUAGAGAGCUUUCAAGAGCAGUAUGAGGUCACAGAAGAGGAGUUCACAUUCGACGACUACUUCAACCAAACUGGGGAACAAUACAAGGGGAAGGCCAGGAAAUGGGACUCUACGAACAACCAGUAUCACCUCUCCAACGAAUUCGGCGUUCCGGAUGCACCGCUCAGGGUGCGGGUCCGAGACGUGAAUGUGGUAUGGAACCUUUACGAUGGCUACGAUUGGCCACGAACCCGCGAUAUCAUGGCAAAGGCGGUUGAUAAUUUAGAAGCCCGUGCAGAAGAGCGACGACAGCGACCGCAGACCGAAGACGACGACGACGAUUUCGUCGAGCAGGACUUCCUCUUCAAUUCCGUAUGGAUCGGUGUGCCGAUCAAGGAUGAGAAGGGAGCACUCGCGAGGCGCAUCAACCGGGAUAUCGAUGACCUUGCCAGUGAAACGGGUAGCUAUGCCACGUCGACCACUACGGCAACGGCUAGGCCGCGUAGUAACACAAAGCCGCGUCGUCGUAGGCUGAAAUUGGAGCGAAGCAAGCGUAAGAAGAUCACGAUCGACCUGUCGGGCGUUGCUCUGGACCUGGUCGUGUACCCUCCUGGGUCUGGAGAAACGCAGAAUUCGCUGGAUGUCCGCAUCUACAAUUUCGAGAUAUUUGACCAUGUGCCUACCUCGACCUGGAACAAGUUCGUAACGUCGCUGAUUGACCCCAGCCAGCGAGAAAUGGACCGGCCCAUGGUGGACGUGGAGAUUUUGACUGUGAAGCCCGUGGCAGAUCUUGCUGCCACUGAGCUGGUCAUUCGGGCCACUGUCCUCCCGCUCCGUCUUCACGUGGACCAGGACGCGUUGGACUUCAUGACGAGGUUCUUCGAGUUCAAGGACGACUCGGCUCCGGACAGCAGCGGACCGUCGGAACCGCCCUUCAUCCAGCGGCUGGAAGUCAUGCCUGUGAAACUCAAGCUGGAUUACAAACCCAAGCGAGUGGAUUACGGGGGUCUUCGCUCUGGGCACACGACCGAGUUCAUGAACUUUCUGAUCCUCGAGGGUGCGGAUGUGCUGCUACGGCAUGUCAUUGUAUACGGCAUCACAAGCUUGGACAAGCUGCACAAGACGCUGAACGACAUAUGGAUGCCGGACGUUAAGAGGAACCAGCUCCCAACGGUGCUCGCAGGGGUGGCAGCUGUCCGGCCGCUCGUCAAUGUCGGCAGCGGAGUGCGUGAUCUUGUCGUGGUGCCGAUGCGCGAGUAUCGCAAGGAUGGUCGGCUGGUGCGCAGCCUGCAAAAGGGCGUGUAUGCUUUUGCAAGGAACACGACGUCUGAAGUGGCCAAGCUUGGUGCCAAGGUAGCGAUAGGGACGCAAAACAUGCUAGAAGGAGCGGAGAACCUACUGAACGCGCAAGGCCCAGCUUCUUCGGCACCAGCGGCGCUCGAGGAAUGGGACGACGUGGGCGGCGCAGAGGCGGACGACGAAGGAGGCCGGGCGGUGUCCAACUACGCCAACCAGCAGUUCGGGGUCAAGGCGGGUCUCCGCAACGCAGCUCGCUAUCUGGAGCGAGAUCUUCUCAGGGCGAAGGACGCGGUGAUUGCCAUACCCGCCGAGGUCAUGGAGGAAGGGACGGGGGUGGGGGCGGCAAGGGCGAUUGCGCGACGUGCGCCGACUGUGAUUCUGCGGCCGGCGCUGGGGGCUACCAAGGCGGUUGGGCAUGCGCUGCUUGGUGUUGGGAAUGCGCUGGACAAGGACAGCCGGAGGAAGGUUGAAGAUGUGAGUGGUGGUGUCGAUUUUAUCCUAUUUAUGCACAAGAUACUGACGGAGAGUUUAGAAAUACCGAUCCUACUAGCUGGUGCUAGAAGAGGCUCGCGGCCUGCGGAGGGCGAGGCAAGGCGUUUGUGGAGUAGUAUACACAUGAGGGUUCUGGAAUGA